CUGUUAGUGCACUAACAGAAGAAGUUCAUAGUCUCAAGAAAUCUCAAUUAAGAAAUGAAUUAUCAACUUCUCACAAGUCAUCAGCCUUAGCUUCAAAGGAUCAAAUACAAAGAGAUGCCUCACUCACGCUAGAACUAGAAACUAACAUCAGAUUGUAUUUGAUGAUAUGGAUAAAAAUCAAUACAAGUUAUUCAUAUGAAAUAUGGUUUGAUAAAUCGAAACCGCCAGAAGAAGCACCCAAUUGGCUAAUAUCACAGUCGUACCAUUCUGAUGACAAUAAUGAUUAA